GCGGCGGCAGCAUUGUGCGCGCACCAGCAGCCCGGCCCGGGAGGAGCAGGACGCGCCGGGGCCGCCUCCUCCCGCACGGACCCAUGAACCAGCCGGGCGGCGCGGCGGCUCCGCAGGCUGACGGAGCCAGUGCAGCUGGAAGGAAAAGCACGGCAAGCAGGGAGCGCUUGAAGCGCAGCCAGAAGAGCACCAAGGUGGAGGGGCCAGAGCCUGUGCCGGCCGAGGCCUCGCUGAGCGCCGAGCAGGGAACGAUGACAGAGGUGAAGGUCAAGACGGAGCUGCCCGAUGAUUACAUCCAGGAGGUGAUCUGGCAGGGCGAGGCCAAGGAGGAGAAGAAGGGGGUGAGCAAGGAUGGGACCGGCGACGUGCCUGCCGAGAUCUGCGUGGUGAUUGGCGGUGUCCGCAACCAGCAGACCCUGGGGUCCUACGAGUGUGGAAUCUGUGGCAAGAAGUACAAAUAUUACAACUGUUUCCAGACCCACGUACGGGCACACCGAGACACAGAAGCCACCUCGGGGGAGGGAGCCUCCCAAGGCAACAACUUCAGGUACACGUGUGACAUCUGCGGGAAGAAGUACAAAUACUACAGCUGUUUCCAGGAGCACCGAGACCUGCACGCAGUGGAUGUGUUUAGUGUGGAAGGGGCCCCUGAGAAUCGGGCAGACCCCUUCGACCAAGGUGUCGUGGCCACUGACGAGGUGAAGGAGGAGCCCCCGGAACCAUUCCAGAAAAUCGGGCCAAUGAACAAUAUUACAUCAGAAAUUUUUAAGAAGAAAGAAGUUAGGCAGUGCCAAAAGAGAGAAACCGGCAAUUAUACCUGUGAAUUCUGCGGAAAGCAGUACAAGUACUACACGCCCUACCAGGAGCAUGUGGCCUUACACGCCCCCAUCAGUACCGCCCCCGGGUGGGAGCCACCGGACGAUCCAGACACGGGCUCUGAGUGUUCGCAUCCAGAGGUCUCCCCGUCUCCACGCUUCGUGGCAGCGAAGACCCAGACGAACCAGUCGGGGAAAAAGGCUCCGGCCUCCGUGGUCCGCUGCGCCACCCUCUUACACCGCACCCCUCCAGCCACCCAAACCCCGACGUUCCGCACUCCAAAUUCGGGAUCUCCGGCAAGCAAGGCAACUGCAGCAGAAAGCGCUUUCAGUCGGAGGGUAGAAGGCAAAGCACAAAACCACUUUGAAGAGACGAAUAGCAGUUCCCAAAACUCCAGCGAAACUGCAAGUCCCCUGAUUUCCAAUCCUUUCCCUCUCCUACAGAAGCCCUACACGUGCGGCGCCUGCGGAAUCCAGUUCCAGUUCUACAACAACCUGCUGGAGCACAUGCAGUCCCACGCGGCGGACAACGAGAACAACAUCGCCUCCAACCAGUCCCGAUCGCCCCCUGCUGUCGUGGAGGAGAAGUGGAAGCCCCAGGCCCAGAGGAACAGUGCCAACAAUACCACGACCAGUGGUUUAACACCUAACAGCAUGAUCCCCGAGAAGGAGCGGCAGAACAUCGCAGAGCGGCUGCUGCGGGUCAUGUGUGCCGACUUGGGCGCGCUGAGUGUGGUGAGCGGGAAGGAGUUCCUGAAGCUGGCCCAGACGCUGGUGGACAGCGGCGCCCGCUACGGGGCCUUCUCAGUCACCGAGAUCCUGGGCAACUUCAACACGCUGGCGCUGAAGCACCUGCCGCGCAUGUACAACCAGGUGAAGGUGAAGGUGACGUGCGCCUUGGGCAGCAACGCCUGCCUGGGCAUCGGCGUCACCUGCCACUCGCAGAGCGUCGGCCCCGACUCCUGCUACAUCCUCACGGCCUACCAGGCAGAGGGCAACCACAUCAAGAGCUAUGUGCUCGGCGUGAAGGGCGCGGACAUUCGCGACAGCGGCGACCUGGUGCACCACUGGGUGCAGAACGUGCUGUCGGAGUUCGUGAUGUCAGAGAUCAGGACAGUGUACGUGACAGACUGCCGGGUGAGCGCAUCCGCCUUCUCCAAGGCCGGCAUGUGCCUUCGCUGCUCAGCCUGUGCCUUGAACUCGGUGGUGCAGAGCGUGCUGAGCAAGCGGACGCUGCAGGCCCGCAGCAUGCACGAGGUCAUCGAGCUGCUCAACGUGUGCGAGGACCUGGCGGGCUCUACCGGCCUCGCCAAGGAGACCUUCGGCUCGCUGGAGGAGACCUCGCCGCCGCCCUGCUGGAACUCGGUCACGGACUCGCUGCUGCUGGUGCACGAGCGCUACGAGCAGAUCUGCGAGUUCUACAGCCGGGCCAAGAAGAUGAACCUCAUCCAGAGCCUCAACAAGCACCUGCUCAGCAACCUGGCCGCCAUCCUGACGCCGGUGAAGCAGGCGGUCAUCGAGCUGAGCAACGAGAGCCAGCCCACCCUGCAGCUGGUGCUGCCCACCUACGUCAGGCUGGAGAAGCUGUUCACGGCCAAGGCCAACGACGCGGGCACCGUCAGCAAGCUCUGCCACCUCUUCCUGGAGGCGCUCAAGGAGAACUUCAAGGUGCACCCGGCACACAAGGUGGCCAUGAUCCUGGACCCACAGCAGAAGCUGCGGCCCGUCCCACCCUACCAGCACGAGGAGAUCAUCGGCAAGGUGUGCGAGCUCAUCAACGAGGUCAAGGAGUCCUGGACCGAGGAGGCCGACUUCGAGCCCGCCGCCAAGAAGCCCCGCUCCGCCCCCGGCGAGAACCCCGCCGCCCAGGAGGACAACCGGCUUGGGAAGAACGAAGUGUACGAUUACCUGCAGGAGCCCCUCUUCCAGGCCACCCCGGAUCUCUUCCAGUACUGGUCGUGCGUGACCCAAAAGCACACAAAACUCGCCAAGCUCGCCUUCUGGCUCCUCGCGGUGCCGGCCGUGGGGGCCAGGAGCGGGUGUGUAAAUAUGUGUGAACAAGCACUUCUCAUCAAAAGGAGGCGACUGCUCAGUCCAGAAGAUAUGAACAAACUCAUGUUUCUGAAAUCCAACAUGCUUUAAGACUUCCAGAUGAAAAGAAA